AUGUCUUCAGUCAAAGACUUUGAGGUGUUGGCUACACAAAAACUGAACAAGACUUUUUACCAUGAAAAGUCUGAUAUCUGGUCACUGGGGUGUCUCAUUUAUGAGCUGUGUGCAUUAAAGCCUCCGUUUGCUGGUGGAGGAAAAUGUCUCAACAGGAUCAACCGUGGGAAGUUCAAAAGAAUUCCGCCCCACUAUUCAGAUGAGCUGAACUCCCUAAUCGGCGACAUACUGCAAGUUUUGGACUUUCUGAGGCCGUCCAUGGAAGACAUCCUCCACAGCAGCCUGCUCACUCAGCAGAAGCAGAGAACUGGUGACGCUGCUCAUCAUCUUCCUGCACCCACGACAGCUGCAGACCUCAGGCUCAGGGAGCCGCAAGACAUUCCACCGAAGGCGUGGAAGCGGAGACUAGAGGCUGAGCAUCAUCAGCCAAGCAAGCAGAGGUGAGAAGGGUCAUGUGAUAUGGGUUGGUGCGAACCAGUGACCACAUCGUCUCUCACCUGCCAAAGUUGAUUCUGCUUCUAUAUUCUUAAAUUAAAAAUGAUUAUCAUAAAAUUAAAUAUAUCUGUUGUUGCUUCUCCUCUUCAGCUAAUAAAAUGUAUUUUGU